UUGGGGAGCGGCGGGCCGGGCCGGGCCCUCGGGCCCGAAGCGGCGGCGGCGGCGGUAUAAAGCCGGCGACAGGGAGCAUGUAAUGUCGGAAUGCGGAGGCCGCGGCGGCGGCAACAGCAGCAGCAGCAGCGACGACGCCGAGGACGAGGGUGGCGGCGGCGGCGGCCCCGCGGGCUCCGGCUCCCUCAGCCCGGCCCCGGCCGGAGGGUCCUCGGCGGGCCGGCUCCGCCGCGGGCUGCGCGGCGCUUCCCUCAUGGCGCGCCGGCGGCCCGAGCUGCUCUGCGGGGCCGUGGCCCUCGGCUGCGCGCUGCUCGUCGCCCUCAAGUUUACCUGCAGUCGAGCAAAAGACGUGAUAAUACCAGCAAAGCCACCUGUCAGCUUUUUCUCCUCGAGGUCGCCGGUUCUUGACCUCUUCCAGGGGCAGCUGGACUAUGCAGAGUAUGUUCGCCGGGACUCGGAGGUGGCGCUGCUGUUCUUCUACGCCCCGUGGUGUGGUCAGUCCAUCGCUGCCAGGCCAGAGAUUGAGCAGACAGCGAGCCAGCUUUCCGACCAGGUGUUGUUUGUGGCAAUUAACUGUUGGUGGAACCAGGGGAAAUGCAGAAAACAGAAGCACUUCUUUUAUUUCCCUGUGAUAUAUCUGUAUCAUCGGAGUUUUGGACCAAUCGAAUACAAAGGCCCCAUGAGUGCUGUUUACAUUGAGAAGUUUGUCCGCCGGGUGAUGAAACCACUUCUCUACAUCCCAUCUCAAUCAGAGUUACUAGAUUUUCUCUCAAACUACGAGCCCGGAGUCCUCGGCUACUUUGAGUUCAGUGGCUCGCCCCAGCCUCCUGGUUACCUGACCUUCUUCACGUCAGCGCUGCACUCGCUAAAGAAAGGUAAGACGUCCAGCUCUCCACCUGGAGCCCUGGUUUCUUUUAUGGAGGAAAGGCAUGUAGAAACCAAGAUCAGGGUGCUGGAUUACCUAGGAACAAUACGAUUUGGGGUUAUCACAAAUAAACAUCUUGCGAAACUGGUAUCCUUAGUACAAUCUGGAAGUGUGUAUUUACAUAGACAUUUCAACACAUCUCUUGUCUUUCCCAGGGAGGCGGUCAACUACACCGCAGAGAACAUCCAUAAGUGGGCCUUAGAAAAUCGAGAGGCGCUCCUCCGAUGGCUGCGGCCGCACGGCGGCAAGAGCCUCCUGCUGAACAAUGAACUGAAGAAGGGGCCCGCGCUUCUUGUGUUUGUACCUUUCAAUCCUUUAGCCGAAAGCCACCCUUUAAUAGAUGAGAUCACCGAAGUGGCCUUGGAGUACAACAACUGUCAUGGGGACCAGGUGGUGGAGCGGCUCCUGCAGCACCUGCGGCGAGUGGACGGCCCGGUGUUCAGGCCUCUGGCGCCUGAACCCCCCGCGCAGCUGCCGGAGCCACCGCUGAUCACGGCGUCCCCCUGCUGUAACACCGUGGUGCUGCCCCACUGGCACUCCGUCUCCAGGACCCACAACGUCUGUGAGCUGUGUGUCAAUCAGACCACGGGGGGCGUCCGGCCCAGCUCGGUGGGCAUGCCGCAGUGCAGCUUUUUCGAGAUGGCGGCAGCUCUGGAUUCUUUCUACCUCAAGGAGCAGACCUUUUAUCACGUGGCGUCGGGCAGCAUCGAGUGCAGCAAUUUUCUGAGUUCCUACAGCCCCUUCAGCUACUACACUGCAUGUUGCAGGACUAUAAACAGGGCCGUGACGGGCUUCAUUGAUGCUGGACACAGUGUCUUUGAAACCCCAACCAUCGCGCUUUCUUCCCUUGAGAAGAAAUGUGAGGCCGACCCCCCAGGCUCCGUUCCUCACAUUGAGGAGAACAGGUAUCUCUUUCCUGAAGUGGACGUGAGUAGCACAGACUUCACAGGCCUGAGCUGCAGGACCAACAAGACCCUGAACAUCUACCUUUUGGAUUCAAAUUUAUUUUGGUUAUAUGCAGAGAGGCUGGGGGCUCCGAGCGCCACUCGGGUGAAGGAGUUUGCCGCAAUUGUUGAUGUGAAAGAAGAGUCUCACUAUAUCUUGGAUCCAAAACAAGCCCUUAGGAAGCUCACCCUAGAGUCUUUUAUUCAAAACUUCAGCGUUCUCUACAGUCCCUUGAAAAGGCAUCUCAUUGGAAGUGACUCUGCCCAGUUCCCUUCUCAGCAUCUAAUCACUGAAGUGACAACUGAUACCUUUUGGGAAGUGGUCCUCCAAAAACAGGACGUUUUGCUGCUUUAUUACGCUCCGUGGUGCGGCUUCUGUCUAUCCCUCAAUCAUGUCUUUAUCCAGUUCGCUCGCCUCCUGCCGACGGAUACAUUCACUGUGGCGAGGAUUGAUGUGUCUCAGAACGACCUUCCUUGGGAAGUUAUGGCUGACCGUCUUCCCACUAUCUUAUUUUUUCCCUGCAACAGAAAGGACCGCAGUGUGAAAUACCCCGAAGACCUUCCCAUCACCCUUCCUAAUCUGCUGAGGUUCAUUCUGCAUCACUCAGACCCCGCUUCCGCCCCCCAGAACUUAGCUAACCCUCCUACCAAAGAGUGUCUUCAGAGCGAGGCAGUCUUCCAGCAGGGGCACAUCUCCCACUUGGAGAGAGAGAUCCAGAAGCUGAGGGCGGAAAUCAGCACCCUCCAGCAGGCGCAGGUGCAGGUGGAGGCCCAGCUGUCCAGCGCUCGCAGGGACGAGCACCGGCUGCUUCGGCAGAAGCAGACCCUGGAGAAGCAGCACAGCCUGCUCCAGCGGCACAGCGAGCAGCUGCAGGCCCUGUACGAGCAGAAAACCCACGAGCUCCAGGAGGUGGCCCGGAAGCUCCAGGAGCUGGCCGACGCCUCGGAGAACCUCCUCACCGAGAACACGUGGCUCAAGAUCCUGGUGGCAACCAUGGAGCGGAAGCUGGAGGGCAAGGACGGAGCCGCAGCCCUCCCGCCCCCCCGAGAGGCCGCCUCUGACCACCCCGAGCCUCCGGGUCCCCCCCGGCUACCAGGCAGCAGCCUCCCGCCUUCCAACAGCAGCUCCACGCUGGCGUCCGAAAGGAGCAAUGAGAACAGGACAGACUAACUUUUAAAAGGACAUGAAGAAAUCAGAGGUGAAAACUGUACAUUGGGAAUAUAUUUAUGCAAAUUUUAUUGAAAUUUAUUGUAAAUAAAGAUUUUCUCAGUGGUCUAGAAAAUCA